GGGAUGAAGAACGUCUGGACGUUAGUUUAUUAGGGAGGAAAGUGACGAUAAUGACGAUGAGGGUGUCGUAGAUAUACCGAAGGUUUCCAUAAGUGAGGUCAUCGAGGCACUCCAGGUCGUCCGCCUAUAUGAGAUGCAGAGUAGCAGCGACAGCGACCUCCUCCUCCGCCUAGAUAAGCACGAACGGCACAUAAGGCUUAUAGGACAGUCUCAACUAGUACAGAGCGACAUCCGCAGCUUCUUUGCUUAGAUAAAUCGACUGGGAAUACCCUCAUAUUGGCCCAUUUUGCUUGUGCGGAUUCCUCCAUAUAGCGGAUUCUGGCCCGGUCUCAUUUGAUCCGCUUAAACGAGGGUCGACUGUACCUCCUCGAUAAACCUAGACGGAAAGUCGUGAGCGCACAAGCCACAGGCAGGGGUACUGUUUAGCAGGGCCCCAUGCAAGGACGCCAGCGAGCUGGGCCUCAUGCUGGCAGGAACAACUUCGUGGCUUGAGGCCUUGUUCAUGGUUCCAUGGGCAAUACGUCAUGCAAGUGUAGCACUUAGGUACUGUGCACUUUGUACUUAUUUUGCUGCUCUUUUCCGCUACUCUCGUCGCUGUUUGCCGCUGUUUAUCGCGUUUUGUCUUUAUUGUUUGUCGCGUUUCGUCACGACCCACUCUACGGUGUACGGUAAGGUCGAGUGAGAUGCAGUCCACAGAGGCUUCCAAGUCUAGCUAUUCGCAGUUACUUCUACCAACCAGGUAGGCGGCGCCUUGGUCUCUCUUCGAAUUCCUGAGCCGAUUAGCCUUUAUCUCCGAAUGUCCGCGGGAACCCUACCUUCACGGAUGCGAAGAACUGCGUGACCGCAGCUCCGCCCCCGAGCUGUUCCACCUCACCUUCCUCUGCCCUAGCU